AUCAUCACCUUCGCUACUGUGCAUUUCCUGCUGCCUACGAUAACCGCUGCUCCUACGUCAGCUUCGUCGAGGUGCGUGGUCGACUGCCAAGGAAACGAGCCAGCCAACAUCCAGGUUUUCCGUACCAGCGAUGCGACAUACCCGGACAUCCAACAGAAGAAGUGGCGGCCGGUGGUCCUCAGUCGGGGGUGGCAAUCCCCAUCAUCAUCACCUUCGCUACUGUGCAUUUCCUGCUGCCUACGAUAACCGCUGCUCCUACGUCAGCUUCGUCGAGGUGCGUGGUCGACUGCCAAGGAAACGAGCCAGCCAACAUCCAGGUUUUCCGUACCAGCGAUGGGACAUACCCGGACAUCCAACAGAAGAAGUGGCGGCCGGUUAGUCAGCCAUACGCUCUCUUUGCUAAAAAAUCUAGCAAUUAUUUCCUGAUGCAGUUGCCGAGCCCGCACUGCUGUGCCGCCAUUGCUGUCGAAUGUGCUCAUAUUAUUCAUGCCUUGCUGAUUUUGGCCGGGGAUGUGGAAAUAAACCCGGGUCCUAACAUUCCUGAAAACCUAAUAACCGAAUUGCGAAAACUAACCGCCGGUCAGAACCAGCUGAUCACUGAAAUUCAUGGUCUUAAGUCGCAACUUACUUCUACCGAUAAAGCAAUUACUGAUCUAAGCAAACGAAUGAAUGAUCUUGAGAGUCACUACCAGACACUUUUGCCCAUUCGAAGCGAAGUGGAUGCAAUGCGCACCACGACUGAACAGGCUAUUUUUCGCAUUUCCGAGCUCGAAGCACGUAUCGACGAUGCCGAAAAUCGCUCACGGCGGGACAACCUAAUUUUUUACGGCAUUCCUGACCCUUCCAGCUCGGAAACCACUGCCGACUCCGAAAGAUUGAUUGUGGAACUUUGCCGCGAUAGGUUGCAACUAACCAUCGACCCUAAAGAAAUAGAACGUGCACAUCGCAUCGGUCGUCACUCCCCCAAUCACUCUCGCCCCCUCAUAGCAAAAUUUACUUUCCAUAAAACCAAAGUUAACAUCCUUUCGAGUGGCCGAAAGCUUAAGGGCACUGACUACAGUAUUAGCGAGGACUUUUCGCGAUCAGUACGAAAUUCCCGAAAACAUCUCGUUGCUUUCGCAAAAGGUAAAGGCGUUCCGUUUUCACUCCGCUUUAAGACCUUGUUCAUUGGUUCCAGAAGAUACACCUUUGAUGCCGCCUCGAGUAGUGUCAAAGAGUUGUCAUAGCAGCUACAUCACCCCAAACAGAAAAAUAACAUAACACCAACUUGCUCCAGAGAUAGCGCUUCGCUUUCUGUAAUAUACACGAACGUGCGCAGUUUCCUGCCAAAGCGUGAAUUGGUGUCGAACAUAGUUUCAUCUACCGGUAGCAACGUACUAUUACUAACUGAGACAUGGCUGAGCAGCGCCGUUACUGAUAGCGAAGUUCUAGCCGACCUGCC